GCGGCCACCAUGAGUGGUUCACAGAGCAAUGACACUAAAAGACAGUUUCUUCUGGAACGCUUGCUGGAUGCAGUUAAGCAGUGUCAGAUACGGUUUGGAGGAAGAAAAGAAAUUGCCUCAGAUUCUGAUAGCAGAGUCACUUGCUUGUGUGCUCAGUUUGAAGCUGUGUUGCAGCAUGGUCUGAAGAGGAGCCGAGGAUUAGCCCUGACAGCAGCAGCAAUCAAACAGGCAGCAGGUUUCUCCAGUAAAAACGAAACAGAACCAGUAUUUUGGUAUUAUGUAAAAGAAGUUCUGAAUAAACAUGAAUUGCAGCGCUUCUAUUCUCUGAAGGCAAUUACUACAGAUAUUGGUCGAGGCCGAGCCUGGCUGCGCUGUGCCUUGAACGAGCAUUCACUGGAACGAUAUGUCCACAUGCUGCUUGCAGAUAAGAAUCGGCUGAGUGUCUUCUAUGAAGACUGGUCUUUUAUGAUGGAUGAAGAACGUUCUAGUAUGAUUCCUACAAUGGCAGCUGGUCUGAACUCCAUCCUUUUUGCAAUCAACAUUGAUAAUAAGGAUUUAAAUGGUCAGAGCAAAUGUAUACCCACAGUAUCUGAUCUGCUCAAGGAAUCGACGCAAAAUGUCACCUCGUUAUUGAAGGAAUCCACUCAAGGUGUCAGCAGCCUUCUCAGGGAGAUAACUGCCUCGUCUGCUGUCUCCAUCCUUAUCAAACCUGAGCAAGAUACUGACCCACUUCCUGUUUUGUCAAGGAGCGUGAAUGCUGAUUUAAAAUCAAAAAAAGAUCGAAAAAAGAAGAAGAGAGUGACAAAUAUUAUCUCRUUUGAUGAAGAGGAAGAUGAACAAAACUUUGGGGAUACCAUAAAGACUCUGGCCACAGGAGAAAGUUCAGAGGAGAAUUCAGACGUGUCUUCUGUUUUUGUGUUACCCUCCUCCGAAAGUAGUCUUGGAAAAAGUCUGAAUGGGAAUAAAAGCAACCACUUGUGGAAAAGCAAUUCAGUGUUUAUGAAUGGAGAGUACGAAUACCAGAAACUAGACGUAAAGAGCAUUGAUGAUGAGGAUAUAGAUGAAAAUGAAGAUGAGCUGUAUGGAAAAACAUUAGGAAAUAAAGGCACAGAAGGUGAAAUUGAAGUUUCUGAAAAGUCUCAUGAAAAUAGUGCCUGCAGUUCUCAGCUAUGCAGCUGGACUCCUCUACAGGUCCUGAAUGAUGACUCGGAUGUUCUAUUUCCUGUCAGUGCUGUUGGCUCUUACUCGCAGGCUGAUAACUUGGAGGAUGGAGAGGGCCAUGAAAGUGUUCUUGCAGUAGAACUGGUUCAAAGAAGACCUGAUCUUCCUUACAGAAUGGAAGUGAGUCCUCCUGCUCAAGUGAACAAUUUAAGCAGUAUGUUGCCUUCUGCCACUGUGCCCGAAUCAAUGACAAUUAGUGARCUUCGACAGGCUAUCGUGGCCAUGAUGAAUAGGAAGGAUGAAUUGGAAGAACAGAACAGGUCGCUGAGGAACUUGCUGGAUGGAGAGAUGGAGCAUUCGGCAGCGCUUCGGCAGGAAAUGGAKACUUGGAGAAGGAAAGUGGCGGAGCAGGAGGAGCGACACGCCACCAAAGUCCAAGCUUUGGCCAGAGAAAAUGAGGUACUUAAAGUGCAGCUUAAGAAGUAUGUAGGAGCUGUCCAGAUGCUUAGAAGAGAAGGUCAAACAGUGGAAGCUCUACCAAAUAUUUGGAGCACUGAUGCGGAGUUUACUAUUCCAGAGCAGAAGCAAGUAGAAAACAACGAGGAGCUAGCCAGCUCUUAUGAAAGAAAACUGAUUGAGGUGGCCGAAAUGCAUGGGGAGCUGAUUGAAUUCAAUGAGAGGCUGCACCGGGCUCUGAUGGCUAAAGAAGCCCUUGUGUCCCAGAUGAGACAAGAACUAAUUGAUUUGAGAGGACCGGUCCCUGGAGAUUUGAGUCAAACAUCUGAAGAUCAGAGUUUGUCAGAUUUUGAAAUAUCAAAUCGUGCUCUUAUUAAUGUUUGGAUUCCUUCAGUCUUUCUGCGUGGAAAAGCUGCUAAUGCAUUUCAUGUUUAUCAGGUUUAUAUUAGGAUCAAGGAUGACGAAUGGAAUGUGUAUCGAAGGUACGCAGAGUUCAGAAGCUUGCACCAUAAAUUACAGAAUAAAUACCAGCAAGUGAGGACUUUUAACUUUCCACCAAAAAAGGCCAUUGGAAACAAGGAUGCAAAAUUUGUAGAAGAGAGGCGCAAGCAGCUACAAAGUUACCUGAGGAAUGUAAUGAACAAAAUUAUUCAAACUGUGCCAGAAUUCACAGCCAGCCCUAAAAAAGAGACUCUUAUUCGGCUGAUGCCCUUUUUUGUUGAUAUCCAACCUUCCGGAGAGCCCGUGAGCAAAAGCAGCCGCCCGAGAGUGGCCACGCGCUUCCCCAAGCUGUCCCGUGGCCACCCGAGAGAGCCCCGGAGCCUGGAGCCGCAGAGCGGAGAUCUGUGACGCUGGGCACGGCACCGCCGGCGUGGGGCCCGGGAACACGGCACCGCCGACGGCGCCUGCCUCGGAGACCUAGGCCGUGCCAGAAGCUCCCGGAGAGACUCCAGCUGCAUCCUUUGAAGUCCUGAGAAAAUACGCUCGUUGCUGGGGGUUGUCUCCUGGUUAAAUGCUUCGGGAGGUGGUAACAGMUUUCUCAAAACAGUGGGUAGGCCCUGGGCUCGAGCCAGCACUGACAGCGUUUCCCGUGUUUCGGCCGGCUGCGUCGCACGUGCGCGCUUGCCUUGCUCUUCUCGAGUUGUUCUGCUCUCUGAAUUCCUUGUUUGUGUUGUAGUGUCUCCCCUUCUACAUUUAAUUUUUUCUACUCUAGAGACAUGGGCAUCAUGUCAAGAUAAUUUUUUCUUUAGAAGAACAGCUAUGAUUAUCACUACUUAAUAUGUCAGAAAUAUGUGCUUAAAAGAACCUCACUAAUUUAUUACCUUUUGUAAAUAGAAAAAGACGUGAUUUUUUUUSCUUUUUUUUUAGUUGUAAACCUCUGAUACACGCAAAAGUUUGUAAAUAAACUUGACAAAGUAAAUGACAAGGGAAAAAGCAGUACUGGUGGCAAAAAGAGCUUUUGUAUGUUCGUAGUUAGAUAUUCCCAAUAGCUUUCAUUUGUGGAAAGUAAUUCUAUAAAAUCUCAGAGAAUGUAAUAWUUUUUUGUGAUGUUUCAGCCUUGCUGAAGUAAGGCUGGGUGCAAUAUUAUUUGUUUCUAUGGAUUGCCACCGGGAUUCACAAAGUUAACAGUACAAAAUAGCAUUUUCACAUCUUGAGUUAUAUAUUGCCAUUGAUUUGUUGCUGGCAUUACAAAACAGUCCCCAUCCUAAAAGGGCAGCUUGGAAUUCCUAUUUCAUAAACCGCUCCCAUGGUAUUACUUCAAGAUCACCUGAAAUGGAAGUGCCUGUUACCCAUCACCACUUACUGAAAAGUAAUUUGUAAUGGUACUAUUGUGAGUAACUAAAAAAAUUAGCCAGAGUUAUUAUUAAGUGAUGGAAGUUCUGACAUGGAUUAACUGGAAUCCAGUUCAGUAYCCAUUAGUUGCACUGCCGUAGGCAGUUAAUUAUAUAUUAGCUAUCUUCUUUUCUUUAUUAAGUUUAAGCAAUGUACAUUCAAAUUUUCUAUCAAAUGUAUUCUGUUUUUUCUUUGUGCAAGAACAUCUUUCUUUGCAGAAGUUCUUUGGAUAAUCUGACUUAAAUUGGUGUAUCUUGUCAUUUUAUUGUCCAUUUGUUAUAUUAAAUUCUCACAUCGAUAGAUACUGAAGUUCUAAUACUUCCCUGCAGAAMAACAAGCUCAUUAUUAGUAACGCACUUUGUAUCUCCGUGCUUUAUUGAAGUUCCCMCAGCCGGAGCUGCCGCUCCGCAAGCCUGCGGCGCGCUCCCGAAUCGCCUGCUCAGGAAGCGGCUCCCUCAAGCGRGGACAGAUGCGGCCCGCCAAGUGAGUCGUGUUCCUGGGCUCACACGCAAGUCUGAGCCACAAAUCUUGUGUUCCUAACACUAAAAAGCGAGGCGUAUGUAUUGCACUCCACAGCAGGACGUGGCAAAGGGGAGCAAGGAAUCYGCACGGGAACGUGGGAGCCAGCUGCUGUGGUUUGUGCCAAAGGAUGAGUUACUGCUAGAGGCUUGYGUAGAGGACGUUUAUCUGGGGGAGGAGAGAGAGCUUGCAGCUUGCAGGUGAAGCCUAUCUGUGCUUUUGAAAAGAUUCUCAAGUUACGUCUCACCAUGGCUGAGAGACUUGGCCAGCAGAAAAAUAACACGUCUUUUAACACUGAAUUGCAAGUGAGUCUGAAAGAAGGAGCUGUGCAAUCCUUCGUGAUUCAUCAGUUUGCCACGUGAAGCUGCGUUAAUAUUCAGGAAAUAGCUCACAAGUUAAAGUACUCAUCUGUAUUCAGAAAGUUGAAAAUUGGUAAGAAAGCUAAUUUAGCAUGUGUAGACUAAAUUUAAACUUGUUCUUUUUAUAAGGUUGUUUAGAAAGAAUUUUUCUCAUCUCCUUAUUUGAAUCUUAAAAUUAUUUCAUUCAUGAUCAUUUUGACUCUUGUAAUUUUUAAUAUGUGUAUAUAGAUGACACGAAAAUACUGAACUUGUUUAUUGUAUACAGGUUGUUUUUUGCUACCUUUACCUGAGUUGUAUAUAAACUGCUCUGACUGCAGUCUGCAAACAGUGUGCACCUUGUGGUACAAGAUACUGCAGGGAGAACUCUGCGAGUCCCCUUCCCUGCUURCUUGUGCGUCCUUUAAAACCUAGUGAUGAAAGGCCAGACUUUUCUCGCUUUGUUCACCUAGUUACUUUGGAAGAUCAAUGAGAUUCUUCUGUGAAAGCAAGUAGAUGCCUAGUAUUUUGAAUGUUCAAUACCUUCUAAAAUGCCCAGUAUUUCAGAGAAUUAUGAAUACUUUUUCAAAUAGCACUUCUUUUAUUUGACUGUCAAAAUCAGGAAGGAUUUUAAAGAAACUACUCCAAGAACCCCAAUAUACUUGCAUUUUUUUCGUAUAAAAUACUUGUAAGUGUAGUAGUGGUUCCAUCAACUGACUGAUUAUAUCAGUUUCUCUUCUGUAUCAUUUAAUCUCAUGUCCGUAGCUAUGAUUUUUGUACAAACCUUACCUAGUUUGGUACUAACAUUUAGCUCAUAUCAGAUAUCUGCUCAACACAAUAAGYUGAAGAAUUCAGCCAGUUCUUUAUGGUGCUUUGAACAUCACUAUAACCACAGAAUAGAGGACUCGGGCCCAYUUCAUCACCUGAGUCGUUCUUCAGGCUUAGGACUACAGCGCAGUGUGAGGCUCU